AUGGACAACAUCUCCUCCUAUUCGUUGCUCACUCUCACAGCUUUGAAUGACUACAGCACAUCCAGCCGGAUCACUAUAUUCUGUUUUGCACUAUCAGGCUAUUGCUUGACUGUUUUUGUCAAUUUAGUCUUAAUUUCUAUAAUUCUUGUGGAGAAAAUUCUUCACCAGCCCAUGUACAUCUUUGUGUGUAGUUUAUGUAUAAAUGAAUUAUAUGGUGCCACAGGAUUUUAUCCAUCCUUUCUAUAUUAUUUACUUAUCAAAACAAAUGUCAUUUCUUUUGAAGAUUGUGUUAUUCAAAGUUUUGCCAUUUUUUGCUAUACAGGAGGUGAGUUUACUAAUCUAACUGUAAUGGCGCUUGAUAGGUAUUUAGCAAUAUGUCGACCACUUUACUAUCACACUGUAAUGACUUCUGUCACUGUUUGGAGACUACUGACUUUUAUUUGGAUGUUUCCUUGCCUUACUGCAUUAGUGAUGCUUCUGAUGACUCUCAGGUUUCCAUUAUGCAUGAAUCAGAUAGACAAAUUAUACUGUGAGACGUGGAUCUUAGAGAGACUUGCGUGCCAAGUCGACACUGCUCAGUUUGUGAUGAGUGGAAUAUUUGGAUGUUUUAUUAAUACCAUGAUUUGUUUUGUGUUUUGUUCUUAUAUAAAAAUAAUAAUCGCUUGUAAGCACUCUGUACAAAACCACAAGAAGUUUGUGACUACCUGUUUACCACAUUUGGUUGCUUUUUUGAAUUAUGUGUUAUGGUCUCUUAUUAAUGUGACAUAUGUCCGGUUUGGAAGCAGCAUUCUGCCUCAGGCUUUUAAAAACUUCAUGUCAGUUUCCUAUAUGGUUGUUCCUCCUCUUGUCAAUCCCAUAAUCUAUGGAAUAGUAUUAACUCCCAUUAGAACUAAAGUUAUAUAUGCACUCCAAGGAUUAAAAAGAAAAGAUAAGGCAGAACAAGAAAUUUGA